CCCGCCCGCCCGCCCGCCUUAAAUGUGACACCGGCGCCUCGGAGCGCGACCUGAAGCCACUGCCGGGGAGGGGACGAGCACCAUGUCGAAUCUGAGCAAAGGCACGGGCAGCCGGAAGGACACCAAGAUGCGGAUCCGGGCCUUUCCGAUGACCAUGGAUGAAAAAUAUGUGAACAGCAUUUGGGACCUUCUGAAAAAUGCAAUUCAAGAAAUCCAGCGUAAGAAUAACAGUGGUCUUAGCUUUGAGGAGCUCUAUAGAAAUGCAUAUACAAUGGUUUUGCAUAAACAUGGAGAAAAGCUCUACACUGGAUUAAGAGAAGUUGUUACGGAACAUCUCAUAAAUAAGGUGCGAGAAGAUGUACUAAAUUCAUUGAAUAACAACUUUCUUCAAACGCUAAAUCAAGCUUGGAAUGAUCAUCAAACAGCUAUGGUGAUGAUUAGAGACAUAUUAAUGUAUAUGGACCGUGUAUAUGUACAACAAAAUAAUGUGGAGAAUGUCUACAAUUUGGGAUUAAUUAUUUUUCGAGAUCAAGUUGUCCGUUAUGGUUGUAUUAGGGAUCAUCUACGGCAAACUCUAUUGGAUAUGAUUGCAAGAGAGCGGAAAGGAGAAGUUGUAGACAGAGGCGCAAUAAGAAAUGCUUGCCAGAUGUUAAUGAUUUUAGGUCUUGAAGGAAGAUCAGUCUAUGAAGAAGAUUUUGAGGCUCCUUUUUUGGAAAUGUCUGCAGAAUUUUUUCAGAUGGAAAGCCAGAAAUUUUUAGCAGAAAACAGUGCUUCAGUAUAUAUAAAGAAAGUAGAAGCUAGAAUUAAUGAAGAAAUAGAACGGGUGAUGCACUGCCUUGACAAAUCAACUGAAGAGCCAAUUGUAAAGGUGGUUGAAAGGGAACUCAUUUCUAAGCACAUGAAGACUAUAGUAGAAAUGGAGAAUUCUGGACUAGUACAUAUGUUGAAAAAUGGAAAGACAGAAGACCUUGCUUGUAUGUACAAGUUAUUUAGUCGUGUGCCAAAUGGUCUGAAAACAAUGUGUGAGUGUAUGAGUUCCUAUUUGAGGGAGCAGGGUAAAGCCCUUGUUUCUGAGGAGGGAGAAGGAAAGAAUCCCGUUGACUAUAUCCAGGGGUUAUUGGAUCUGAAGAGUAGAUUUGAUCGCUUCCUCCAGGAAUCGUUCAAUAAUGACCGGCUCUUUAAACAGACUAUUGCGGGUGACUUUGAGUAUUUUCUUAACCUCAACUCCAGGUCCCCAGAAUACCUCUCAUUAUUUAUUGAUGAUAAGUUGAAAAAGGGAGUCAAAGGGCUAACAGAACAAGAAGUAGAAACAAUAUUGGAUAAGGCAAUGGUCCUUUUUAGGUUUAUGCAAGAAAAAGAUGUAUUUGAACGUUAUUAUAAACAACACUUGGCAAGGAGACUUCUCACAAAUAAAAGUGUUUCUGAUGACUCUGAAAAAAAUAUGAUAUCUAAGUUAAAGACUGAGUGUGGAUGUCAGUUCACAUCAAAACUGGAGGGAAUGUUUAGGGAUAUGAGCAUCUCUAACACAACUAUGGAUGAGUUCAGGCAACACCUACAGGCAACUGGGGUGUCUUUAGGUGGUGUUGAUCUCACAGUUCGGGUGCUCACGACAGGGUAUUGGCCCACUCAGUCAGCCACACCAAAGUGCAACAUCCCACCGGCACCAAGACAUGCUUUUGAGAUAUUCAGAAGGUUUUACUUAGCCAAACACAGUGGCCGGCAGCUCACACUACAGCAUCAUAUGGGUUCUGCAGAUCUCAAUGCCACCUUUUAUGGGCCAGUUAAAAAGGAAGAUGGAUCUGAAGUUGGUGUUGGAGGUGCACAAGUAACUGGCUCUAAUACACGGAAGCACAUAUUGCAAGUCUCCACUUUCCAGAUGACCAUACUAAUGCUCUUUAAUAAUAGAGAAAAAUACACGUUUGAGGAAAUUCAACAAGAGACUGAUAUUCCUGAAAGAGAGCUUGUUAGAGCCUUACAGUCCCUGGCCUGUGGCAAACCAACACAGCGGGUUCUUACAAAAGAACCCAAGUCAAAGGAAAUAGAAAAUGGGCACAUAUUUACAGUUAAUGAUCAGUUCACAUCCAAACUACACAGAGUCAAGAUUCAAACAGUUGCUGCCAAACAAGGUGAAUCUGACCCAGAAAGAAAAGAAACAAGGCAGAAAGUAGACGACGAUAGAAAACACGAGAUAGAAGCUGCUAUAGUGCGGAUUAUGAAAUCUAGAAAGAAGAUGCAGCACAAUGUGUUAGUAGCAGAGGUAACUCAGCAGUUGAAGGCUCGAUUCUUACCAAGUCCAGUUGUUAUUAAGAAACGUAUUGAAGGACUUAUUGAGAGAGAAUAUUUGGCACGAACACCUGAGGAUCGCAAAGUAUACACAUAUGUAGCAUAAAAUGCGUUCAGAAAUUUGAUUUAUUCUUGGACUGUAUUCUUCGCAUGGACUGGGAAGUUCUUUUAAAUCAUUAAAUAUUAAGACGACCAUCUCUUCUAUUAAAUUACAGUACAUGUUCUAAACCAUUCAGAUCAAGCCUUUACUCCCUUUGAGAGUCUCAACAUCAAUUGAUUGAGCUUCAGGCUUUUCAACGUUUAUCCCUGUAGAGAUCAUCUUUACAGUUCCUCGGGAAAAUGUGAAUGUGCCGCGUUUUGUUUUCAAUACUGUAUGAAAACAGGAAAAAAUAAAACAAAAUUUAGAAAAUACAGCUCAUUAAAAUAAAAUUGUUGGAUUUCAUUUCCCCAGGUCUUCAGUGUUGAUGUAAAUGUGUUUCUGUAGUUGCUUAGCACUUUGUGCAUUGUAUAAGUUGGGUAACAAAAGUGGUAAAAGAAGUGACAGAAUUCCCAGUUAUCUUGCUCUGCUUUAAGACAUUUCUUUAGCUAGUCUUGUUUAAUUUAAAGGUUUGAUAAAUAUACAAAGACCCAAGCCUACAAUUUGAGCAUGCAUUACUCUAUCACUCGCACUUACUAAUCUUAUAGCCUUAUGACCAGGAACCUUUGUUUUGGGCUCAGUACACUGAUUUGGUUUUCCCUGUUGUAAUUUGAGAUUUCCCCAAUUAAGUUCUAUAAUGAUUAGGUUUUGUUCCGAGUUAUUUCUAGAGAAAGAAAAUAUUUUAGUAUGUAUAAAUUGUAAAAUAAUUUUUUGCUGUUGUACUCACUGCUAAUAGUGGAUUGUAUAGGGCGGUGUUUUUAAUUUCAUUUAUUGUAGACAGAAAUAAAUGAAUUUAGUAUAUACAUACCCACUAAUUCAAGUAUGUAAGAGCACAAAGUUGGCAGCUGGCUAUAUUUAAUUCAGCCCCUUGAAAAGCACAUACAGUCUACACUUUGUUUAUAAAUAUGUUAGCCCCCCCCACACUUAAAUAUAUAUUUUGGUGAAGCUGUGGUGCACUAUUAAUUUUCUGUUUUAAAAUGCAAUCUAAAGAUGCAAUAAAUAUGAUUACCUUGGUAUUUUUAAUGAGAUCUUCAGUUCUUGUAGCUGUGUUUUGGAGGGUGAUUAAGCAAUAUUUUUCAAACCUGAUGACUCUUGGAUAUUUAGCUGUUGACCUCCAAAGAGUCAUCGUUUCAUAUUUUUAAAGAUGUGCUUUGUGCUGAAGAUUCACGUCAGUUAUCCCGUGCUUCCAACUUUCACCAAUGUUUUUUACUUGAUUGAUCUGCCAAGGACUGUAGUUUCCUUUAUUUUAACUUCAAAGUAUUUUUAUCUUCAAUUUUAUUUCAUUUCAUUUUCAUAAGACAAUGUUUCAAAAAUGUAAUUGGGGCAAACCACUACAGGUUUCUAUUGCGUUAGAAAAAUGAAAUGUUACUAAUAAUUUCAAAUAACCGACCUCCCUCCGUUGACUAUAAGUACUGUUGAUACAUUUAUUAGAAUGUAUGUCUCAGAAGAUGAUUUCUGUUGAAAUUUAUGGUCAAAUUACAACAACUGAAUUCUAAUCUGGAUUAAAAACACCACAUAAAUAUUUUUCCCCAUGCGUCUUGGGUUAUAAUUUUCCUUCUUAGACUUGCAAAUGUUCUUUUAUUUGCAUUUAAUUUUGUUUCUACUGGUACUAUGUUCUUAAGCUCUACACUUUCCACUUUUACAUGAUGUAAUUAAAAUACAGGUGAAAAACAUGACGAACAUUCUUCUCAGGACGCUUUUACCAUACUUGAGAGGUAGUAGGUCAGGUAUAACAUGGAAAGCUAGAGGGUUUUCGAUAUAUUUCCAUAAUUAGAAUUUCUAUAAUGAUGUUUAUCUAAAGGAAGGUACUGUAUUUAAGGUUUGAGUUUUUUUUUUUCCUCUUAAUUCUCAGUUAAAUGGUAUAUAACACGUUGAGAAACGGAACACCUCAGAUUGUCAAGUUAAUAUAUGAAAGAUGUAAAAAUUUAAAGUUUUUGAAAUCUAAAUGAAACAUUAAAGCAAGAAUUUGAGUGCUAGUUAAAACUCCUAAAAAUCACUAAAAUUAAAUUAUGUUUUUUUUUAGUGUGGUUGUACAAAUGUAGAGUUUAGAGAUGUACUUGUUAGUUUUGGAACACAAAUUUGGUAUUUAUGUUUAAAUACUUACAGAUAUAUUACAGUCCCAAAUUGCAGCUGAACGGUUGGGGAAUGUGGAUAAGUCUACACUGGAAAAAAAAAAAAAAAAAAUGAUUUUUAAUCAUAGGAAUGACUUUAUAAGCUAAAACACAUAAAUGUCUUAGGUGACAUAAAACUAGUAGCAAGAUAAGUUUUGAUACUGCUCUCUUUUCAGCAAGAGGUCAUUGAUGAUUUUUUUUUUUUUUAAUGUUACUUUAAGGAAAUAAUACAUCCUAACCAUUCAGUCCUGUUUAUGUGAAUAAAUUUUGGUAAUUUACUUGAAGAAUUUUCCAUCUGCAAAAGUGAUGUAAUUUCUCUUCAGUAAUUGUUAAAUUGUAAUUCUCUACUUUUAUUUUUUAAUCCAGGACAGGGUUUUUUUUUUUUUUUUAAUUGUUACACUAUUUAAGAUUGCAAUUAGGGGACACACCGCCUCUUAAAAUAAAAAGUGGUUGUGGUUGCAAGGAUUCUCUAUGUCAGUGAAUUUUAAAAGGGAAUGGGGAAAGAGAUGCAUACUGUCUUUGCAUGCUUCUGUAAAGAGUAUGUCAGAAUCACCUGGGCAACAUUAUGAACCUACAUGCGUAGCACCCCAGACCUCAAGAUGCUGAUACACCUGCUCAUAAGGAUCCUUGUCAUAGGGAAGCACUGUUGAUGCUCUGUCCAUGCAGUAUGUUGGGGAGCAAGAAAGAUUCAGGUAAGAAACACUGAUUUUAAUUACACCUACAUCUCUUAGAAGACUAGUACCAUUGGCAUCAUCUCUGACUUCUAAAUAUAACUUAGUUUGUCAAUUUGGAAAAUUUUAAUAUGUUAAAUCUGGGUAAUGUGUUUCCAGUUUUAAAUAUUCACUUUAAAUAACUGACUAGUAUUACAUAAUUCUAUUUUUUUUAUUACUACUAAAGACUCAAUUUUUUACAGCCUGUUUUUCAUAAGUGAUGUGAUGUAGACUAUUAGGUUGUCUCAAUCUAGGAAGGAACGCUGAUAACAUUAUAGAUCAUGUAUUUUACCAUAUGGUGGAUAGCAUUACACUAUUGAUAUGAAUGGUAAAAUAUUUCAGGUUAGCAAAAUUAAUAUAAAUUUUCUAUUCCCAAAAGCAAGAAUAAUUAGAAAUGCUAAACAAUAACAUUUAAGUGCUUGCCGUGUGCCAGACACUGUUCUGAGUGCUUUGCAUGUGUUGAUUGAUGUAGUCCUCAUAUCAGCUCUAUGUGAUAACCAUUAUCACACCAGUGGUGCUCAAGGUCACUGCUCUAAGCAACAGAGCCAGGAGUUGAACCUAGGUUUUGGGUCCAGAGCUUACAUUCCAUAUUCCAAGUUAUGAUUUUUCAUUUUAAAAACUUAUAUUUUCUUUGGUUUUGUAUGUGAUUCAUAUUAGGAAAAGGUAGAGUGGAUAAUAUGGCAGACUGAAAGAGAAUAGAUGAAGCAUUUCAAUAUGGAACUUCGGAUAUUUGCUGAACGUUGGCUGUGACAGCUUUUGAAAGGAAGGGAAGCUGAAAAAGUGACAUGCUAUUCUGGAAUGUGUCCAUUUAAAAGAAAAGUAUUCCCUCGAACCCCCACCACAAUCUUUGUGUAAGGUUUACAUACCUCAAGGAUAACAUAGAUGAUUGAUUCUAAUUCAAGUCAUAUAUUUUAAAGCAUUUUCCUUACUAUGUAUUUUUCCUAUAUCAGAUUGAAUGCUUAGAAGAGGAGACCUAAGAAUGACAGUGGAUUUAACAAGUAAUGAUAAAGCAUAUGAUUGUAAAGCUAGCUCUCAGGAGAACAUGAACAGCUAGAAAGUCUUGAAAACUCAUUCAUUUACUAAUUUUAGAAAUACAAAAUUUGUAAACAUGUUUUUUAAGUGAUUUGCUCUUUGUUAUUAGGGUCUGUCUUAGUAAUCUAGUGCUGCUAUAACAAAUACCAUACAUGGAUGGCUUUAACAGAGAAAUUUAUUUUCUCACAGUCUAGUAGGCUACAAGCCCAAAUUAGGUGGUCAGCUCCAGGGGAAGGCUUUCUCAGUCUGUCAGCUCUGGAGGAAAGUCCUUGUCAUCAGGCUUCCCCGGGAGUAGGAGCUUCACUGUGCAGGAACCCCGGGUCCAAAGCACGCGCUCUGCUCCCAGCACUGCUCUCUUGGUAUGAGGUCCCCAACUCUGCUUGCUUCCCUUUCCCUUUAUCUCUUGUAAGAUAAAAAGUGGUGCAGGCCACACCCCAGGGAAAACUCCCUUUACUUUGGAUCAGUGAUGUGACCUUAGUAAGGGUGUUAAAAUCCCACCCUAAUCCUCUAACGUAAAAUUACAAUCACAAAAUAGAGGACAACCACACAAUACUGGGAAUCAUGGCCCAGCCAAAUUGAAAAACAUGUUUUUGGGGGGACAGAAUUCAGUCCCUAUGGUCUCUAAGUUGGCUUCAAAUGAACCGAGCAAAAAUAGCUCAUUAAAUUAAGCGUGAGAAGCUCAGAGUAACCUUUUGUAUAUUCUUUAGUAACUUGUCAAAUUUUAAUAUUCCAAUAGCAAAAUACAGUUCAGGUAAUACAUAAAACUUGAUUGUACCUAAGAACUCUUUUCUGAGUCUCAGGAUUCCUUCUGCAGUUGUGAUCCUUAAAGGCUCAGCACAAUGUUUGGCACAUGGGUGAAGGCACUCUGUGAAUUCAGAUGAAUGUGCCUCAUGACUACCAAGUGUUUUAAAGGCUUAGUUGAAUUUCAUAAAUUAAAAGUUGUGCCUCAUUAUUGGGGAUACGACAAUACUCGGUGUAAGGAUGAUAGUUUUUAAUUUUUGUAAAUGGGAAUUAUUUAAUCUUUAACUUUCAGCUAGGUAAAAAGUAAAAAAUGUAGACCAACUACUGUGUUGUUCCAGAUGGCAUUAAAAGUAGAUUUUAAAGCUCUCUUGAUGUACUUGUUACCAGUAUUAGAUCAUUUGGUCCUCACAAGAUCCUAUGAAAGAAUGCAAGAAUUUGGUCCCACAUCUGUCUUAACUCCAAAGCUGGUGCUAUUAACGACUGCUAAUAUGUCCCCAGUAACGUGGUUUGGCAGGCUGUGGAUAGAACUUUAUCAUUGAAUUUGGGUCUGAAGGUAGAUAUUUCUUGGUAAAUAUUUUUGUAAAAAAUUACUUUUGUUUAUUAGUAAGUGUUCCUUGGAGAAUUUGAGAUCGUGAAACUUUUAUAGAUGCUGCACAAGGGAAAAUUGGUCAUAUUAGCUGUAUAUAUUGGUGUAUAUGCUGUAUGCAGAUUACUUUGUUUACAAUCAGUUCGUGGAACUGAUGUCAUAAAAACCUGUAAAAUUCAUCUUAAGUUUUAUUUCCCAUAUGAUGUUAUCCUCUGUAUUUAAAAAGUACCACUAGACUGAUUUUUUAAAUGCAGUGGAGUUGUAGGGUAGAAGAGACAGAAAACCUACUUAAAGGAUAAGUAAUCAAGUGGGAAAAAGAAAAUCUGCAUUUGGCAACUAUAACUGUUCCAAUAGGCAAACAUUGUAUUAUGUAACUAUGAAAUAGACUCUUUGUAGCAAACCUAUUACAAUUUCAUCUGAAUGAAAAUAGAGGGGAAGAAGAGAGGCCAUCUAAGUAAAACAGCCUAUGCUAUUAUGCUCAUCACAUUUUUAAAAUACCUUUAAGUUUGCAGUUUAUAAUACUAAGAAAAGCUUUUUUUUUAACCAAAAUUAGUAUCCAGUUUUAUAAUAAGACAUCUGUAUUCACUGGACUUGCCUUGAACUGAUGAAAACAUAAUGUAAUCCAUCCUCAAAGAAAUGAUUUGCUAUCAUUAAGGUCAUAGAAAAGAGUAUGUUACAGACUUUGAGAAACAAUUCCAAAAGCAAGUGCUUUUGGUGUUUUCAAACUUCUUGUGCACCCCAGAAUUCCCAGGGAAGCUUAUAACCGAACAAAAAAUAAUAAUAAUAAUUAUUUGGGGCAGUUAGGUUUGGGAACCAUUGGUUUGGAUUAUAGGUGUUAAAGGAUAUGAACUCCCACUUUUAUUAUUUCGAAGAGAACAUUAAUAGGAUAUAUAAGUUGUGAGAUUCUAUUUAACAUAUCUUACAUGCACGUGUAUGCCUCAGCUGGUUAAGGCAACAGGUACAGAGGUUUGAUUCCAAAAUGGACCAGUUAAUUUCAAAUUCUGGUUAUAGGUACAGUAUUAAUCACAGCCAAACAGUUGUCCCUAGUGGAUCCUCCUAAUUAGGGUGUAGGUGGGAAGAGGGUAUCAGAGUUUUCCUCAUAGCCAAAGGACAACUUGUGCUUUACUAUUUUAGUUAGGUGUUCUUAGUGCAAGAAAUUCAAUCUAGAAACUAUUUAAAACUUAGUGGAUUCUAUCUCAUUACUGAAUUUAGAUUGCAACAUUCAAGGAGUUGUUAGGUGCCCUCAAGUCAGCUCUAACUCAUAGUGACCUUAUGCACAACAGAGCGAAACACUUCCCAGUCCUGCGGCAUCCUUACAAUCAUUAUGCUUGAGCUCAUCGUUGCAGCCACUGUGUCGAUCCACCUGGUUGAGGGUCUUCCUCUUUUCCGCUGACCCUGGACUCUGCCAAGCAUGAGGUCCUUCUCCAGAGACUGAUGCCUCCUGACAACCUGUCCAAAGUAUGUAAGGCACAGUCUUGCCAUCCUUGCUUCUAAGGAGCAUUCUGGUCCCACUUCUUCCAAGACAGAUUUGUUCAUUCUUUUGGCAGUCCAUGGUAUAUUCAAUACUUUUCCGCCAACACCACAAUUCAAAGGCGUCAAUUCUUCAGUCUUCCUUAUUCAUUGGCCAGCUUUCACAUGCAUAUGAUGCGAUUGGGAAUACCAUGGCUUGGGUCAGGCACACCUUAGUCUUCAAGGUGACGUCUUUGCUUUUCAACACUUUAAAGAGGUCCUUCGCGGCAGAUUUACCCAAUGCAACACGUCCUUUGAUUUCUUGACUGCUGCUUACAGGGCUGAUGAUUGUGGAUCCAAGUAAAAUGAAAUCCUUGACAACUUCAAUCUUAUCUCCAUUUAUCAUGAUGUGGCUUAUUGGUGCAGUUGUGAGAAUUUUUGUUUUCUUUAUGUUGAGGUGCAAUCCAUACUGAAGGCUGUGGUCUUUGAUCUUCAUUAGUGUUUCAAGUCCUCUUCACUUUCAGCAAGCAAGGUUGUGUCAUCUGCAUAAUGCGGGUUGUUAAUGAGUCUCCCUCCAGUCCUUAUGCCCCAUUGUUCAUAUAGUCCAGCUUCUUGGAUUAUUUGCUUAGCAUAUAUAUUGAAUAGGUAUGCUGAAAGGAUAUAGCCAUGAUGCACACCUCUCCUGACUUUAAACCAGUCUGAACAACUGCCUCUUGAUCUAUGUAAAGGUUCCUCAUGAGUACAGUUAAGUGUUCUGGAAUUCCCAUUCUUCGCAAGGUUAUCCAUAACUUGUUAUGAUCCACACAGUGGAAUGUCUUUGCAUAGUCUAUAAAACACAUGUAAACAUCCUUCUGGUAUUCUCUGCUUUCAGCCAGGAUCCGUCAGACAUCAGCAUUGGUAUCCCUGGUUCCACGUCCUCUUCUGAAACCAGCCUGUCAAUACACUGCUGCAGCCAUUUUUGAAUGAUCUUCAGCAAAAUUUUGCUUGCAUGUGACAUUAAUGAUAUCGUUCUAUAAUUUCCACGUUUGGUUGGAUCACCUUUCUUGGGACUAGGUAUAAAUAUGGAUCUCUUCCAGUUAGUUGGCCAGGAAGCUGUCUUCCGUAUUUCUUGGCAUAGAUGAGUGAGCACCUCCAGCGCUGCUUCCGUCUGUCAAAACAUGUCAAUUGAUAUUCUGUCAAUUCCUGGAGCCUUGUGUCUGUCAGUUUUUGAUACUGUGGGGCUUGUGUGUUGCUGUGAUGCUGGAAGCUAUGCCACUGGUAUUCAGGUACCAGCAGGGUUACUCAUGGAGGACAGGUUUCAGCUGAGCUUCCAGGCUAAGACAAAGAAGAAGGACCCAGCAUUCAAAGAGUAAUUCUAAGAAAAAAGCAAGUGCCUGCUGAACAGAUUUGGACUUUUUUUUCCCCCAUAAGAACCAUUGCAUUCUGAAGCAAUUCAGUGACAUCUGGGUAACACAUACUGGGAUAUUUUAGUUAUUUGUGCUGUCAGCCUUUUAAGAUUAUAAGCGUGGUGUAAACCUUAGCCUUCAUCACUGUCAGUGUAAUCCAAAUGAUGCAGUGUUGGCAGCGAGGCCAAGUCUAUGGUUUGAUGGUGAUCCACUUCAUCUGGCAGAAGGUGACUCCCCUGAGAAGACUGAUACUCCUUAAGACCCACAUGUGAAUUUUGCAUUGUUUCUCAGUAAUGAGCUUUCACACGAUCAUUUAUAUUCUUGUACCUGUAAUUAUGCAAAAUAUUUAUUUUUAAAACUUCUCAUUUUUACAAAAUUGAGGCUCAAAAAUAUCUCUCAUCAGAUUGGGAAUAAUUAAGUAGGGUCCAAGUGUAUAAGAAAGAAGCCCUGGUGGUGCAGUGGUUAAGCACUCUGCUGCUGACCUAAGAGCAGCAGUUCCACCCACCAGCGGCUCUGCAGGAGAAAAGACCUGGCAACCACCUGUAAAAAUUACAGCCUUGGAAACCAAACGAGCAAUUCAGCUCUGUCCUCCAGGUUCGCUAUGAGUCAGAAUUGAUGGCCCACGACAGCAAGUGUAUAAGGAAACCCACAAAUUCCUUGAAAAAAUCAAACUCCAAUUCUCAAGGUUGGCAGAGGAGGGAGGGCCAACCUUUCAUCCUGUACCCCUAAAGAUGCACCUUCCCUUUGGAGGUGUCUCAGUGAUUGUUGUUCACACCACUCUAGCCACAGGAGUUACUGCCUCAGCCCAAGUGUGGAUAUACAGCCUACUAAUGUUUGUUUCUCCAUGUAACUUUUCCAUAGGACUCAACUAUGAAUCCAGUGACAGACCUGGAUGACAGAAGUGCUGUCCUGUGGGAGAUUUUUCCCCUCUGUAGCCUCUCGCAGAAGAUCAGAGCUUGAAUUUACCGAAGGAGCAGCUGCUGGCAUGGUCUAACUUUAACAGUUCUUAGCAUGACACUACCUCAUUUCUUCUCACGUGCUGAAGUCUGGGAAACAACUAAAAUGGCAAAUAAAUGAGGCUGAAACAAAAGGAAGAAAUAAAUGAGACUGAAGCAAAAGGAAGGACAAAUAAAGGGCCUGGCAUUGUGGGAGUUUGUUCAGAUGCUGCUGCAAGGCAAUUUGGGUUUGGAUUCUGAAGUGUGGAGGAAAUCUAAUGGUGGAUAACUGAUAUAAAAUUGCCUCUCUACAUUGACUUUUAAUUGCUGAAGUUUCAGUAUAGGUUUACUAGGGAGAACUCCUUUAAGAAGGAGUAAAGAGGUUGAAAGGGGACCGUGGAGGAUAAAGUAACAAUACCAAAUCCCACUAAGCAUUCUAGUUCAUUCAUUGAUUCCCUCAUGACAGUCUGUGUAAACAAAUUUGUAAGAUUUAUAAGACGCGUGUAUUUUCAAAAGUUACCUAUAUUGGUGAUAUAAACUCCCAUUCAUUCAAAGGUGAAAUUGGGGUGUUGUUGCUAAAUGAACAUUCCCAAUAUUUUAUUUAACCUGUGUAACCUAAUUUUAUAGAAUGUGAAUCUAAUUAAAGAUAUUUAAAACUAUACUGAAUAACAUUUUGGUUUUCAUAGAAUUUAUUAAUUCAUAUGUAUUGUGUACCUUCUUUGUGCCUGAUACAGUUUUGAUGAACAAAAUAGAUAAAAAUCCUCUCCUUCAAGGAGAGUGCAUUGGGGAAAACAGCCAAAUAUAAGUUAUAUAGCAUGCAGAAUACAGUUAGUGCUACAAAGAAAAAAUAAAGCAACCAAGGUACUGAGGAGUGGCAUGGUGGGAGAGGAGUAAGUGAUGCUUUCAGGUAGGGUGAUCAGUGUCCGCCUCAUUUAGAAGGUAACUUUUGAGCAGGGACUUGAAGGACAUGAAGGAACAAGCAAGCCAUGUCUCUAUCAGAAUUUUCUGACGAGCUAAAGGUAUACCCAAUGGCACUGAGUCGAUUCUGAUUCAUAGUGACCCUAUUGGACAGAGUAGAACUGCUCCAUAGAGUUUCCAAGGAGUGCCUGGUGGGUUCGAACUACUGACCUUAUCAAAACUUAGCUCUUAACCACUUUGCCACCAGGGUUUCCAGCUAAAAGUAUAGUAUAUAUUUUAUUGAUUAUUCUUUAUUAAAACUUCAUUUAGAAAAGAUCAAGAUGAGAAAAUUACUUAAUGUUUGCAGAGACCUUUAUAUUUUUUACUCUUUGAAAAUAAAUUCUGCCUUUCUAUCCAACCCCUCCCCACCUCUCUUUACUGUAUUAGCCUUCACCUAUUUACCUGGACUUUUGCAGACUAUAGUCACAUGUAUAAAUGAAGCAAAGCAGGAUCAAGAAAAUUAGUUUUAAAUCUGUUGGCAUCUGACAAGGAGCCUGCCUUCUGGAGUCAUUGCCCCUGAUUGAGCAUGUGGGGUCCAUCCUAGACUGGCCUGUAGCUUGGUUCCUUCUGUUCCUCUUCCGAGUCAGGCUGAUCCGUUCACUUGAUGAGCUUCCUGUUUUGCUCCUUCACAUGUCUGGCUUGAACUCUCCCAUUACAGUUUCCUUCCAGACCUAAACUUUGCCUCACAACUACUUCCUAUUUUUCUACCUGUUUCACUUGUAGUGACGUAUAUUCCUCUUGUCUCCAGCUAAAUUGAUGCUUCUUAAGGAAGAAAGCUCCUUUACAAGAUGUGCCCACUCACUGGAUAUACCCAUUCUCACCAUACAGACAGGAACUUGGGACUUGACCACAGUUUGAAGAGCACAAUUGCCAGAUGGGGUCUCUUGACCUCCAAUCCAUGAAAUUUCUGGCCCCUCAGCUACAUUUAAUUCCUUCAGUAAUUAGCAUUUUCCUUUGAAAGUUCUGAUCUACAAAUAGACACAGAAGUUUGCAUUUUUCUUUAAUCCAAGUCCAACCAUUAUAAAUGAACUCCUUUUGGUUAGAUAUGAACUGUUCCCUGGUGUAGAACCCAAGAAUCCUAGAUAUCUGUUAGUUCUUUCUGAGUGGAUUUUCCCAGAGUCCCUGGGUUGAUUGGACACAACUUCAUAAACUCCCACAAUUUUGUUGUCUACUUAAUUUUGAAUCAUUUUGUCCCAGAAUGAAGACUACUACUAAAUGGAUUAUCUUUCUGUGGUAGUAUAAAUUUCGUAUUGCUACUGUAACAAAUUACCACAAUCUUAGUGGAUUAAAUAUAUUAUUUUACAGUUCCAGAGAUUAGAUAUCCAAAAUCAGUCUCACUGUUCUAAAGUCAAGGUGUCGGCAGGGCUGAUUCUUCUUGGAGACUCUAGGAAAGAAUUUGUUUGUUUCCUUGCUUUGCCAGCUUCUAGAAGUCGCUUCACAACCCCUUCCUUCAUCUUCUAAGCCAGCAGCAUAGCAUCUUCAAAUCUCUCUUCACUCCCACUUCUUCCAUUGUUGCAGCACCUUCUCUCUGACUCUGAUUCUCCUGCAUCCUUCUUGUGAUGACCCUUGUGAUUACAUUUGGCCCAUCCAGAUAAUCCAGGAUAGUCUCCCCAUCUCAAGAUCCUUAGUCACAUCUUCAAAACCCCUUUUGCCAGAUAGAGUAACAUAUUCACAAGUAAGUUCUGGGGAUUAGGAUGUGGAUGUCUUCGGAAGUCAUUCAGUCCAUCACACUGAGCAGUCGUGUCCAUUUAUUCCUGAAUCGUCUGUGGUUUCCUUGCCCAUACUGGCUGAGUUGAGUAUUUGCAACAGAGACCUUAUGGCCUACAAGGCUUGAAAUAUUUACUGUCUAGCCCUUUAUAGACACUUCUCCCUCACCUUUUUGUCUUGCUCUUCCAACCAUCUCCCAGGACCAGAAGGGACAAACUCCUCUUUUACUUCCCUUGUUUAGUAUCCUCCACCUUUGUGAUUCCUACUUCCUGACUAACCCCUCAUGACAGACAGGAUUAUUUUCUAUGAAUUCUGGGAGAGAUUCUACUGCUUUGCGGCUCAGGGCUAGCCGUUGGUAUAUUAAAUGGAAGCAAAGGAAUUUAGACAUUUCUUGAUUUUCAACUAUCAAGCAUAUUUGCCUAUUGUCUGCUUGCAAAAUGCCAUUUAAAUGUCAGAAAAUGAAUACCCCUUUGUUCAUCAUUACAGUUCUGCUCUACAAGUGAAUGUUAAUAAUUCUUAUUUUGCAGUAUCUCUUGAAGGUAGAUGAACACCUUGGACUCAUCUAUGUGGGAAAGCAGAAAAAGCAUAUACAUUAUAUUUAAAAACAUUAUCUCCACUAUGCUAGCUAAACCUUAUGGUUAAGCCUAAUUUCCAUAAGACAGUUAUGAAGUUUAUACAUGGUAAAAAAGACUUCUUUAAGUAUGAGUGGAAUAAUAUAAAAAGAUUGAACUGGAGAUUUGUCUUGGGGAUACCACACUCCAUUUCUUCACAUCAAUGUGAGGCAAAAGUGUAGCCAAGAGGAGAGACCGUGCAGCCCUUCUCCUGGGAGAGGCAGACAGACUGUCUUGAAUGGCACAGGAAUUGAGAAAUAUGAUGGGUUAAAUAGAGGGCAUGGUGGUGGGGGCUGGAAGGCUGAAAAUUAGGUAUUUAACAUGGUAAAUAAUAGGAAGCCACUUAAAAUUUGAACUGAGACAUCAGGUACAGAGAUAAAUAAGUUUAAAUCAACCAGAAAAAAACAAUUACAAUGAAAAUAUCCUCAGUAGAAAUGUGAUUUGGACUUUCUAAACCAUGACAAUCUAAAGUAUUUGACCCCAGAGCAACACUGGUCUUGAUAUUCAUACAUGAUUUACUCUCGUUCUCUCCAGUUAAGAAUAUAACAUGUUGGCGUUUAUUUCUGAUUUUAAAUUCUUAAACCUUAAGUUGGGUUCGUAAGUGGAGAAAAACAUUUAAAUUGGUAUAACAUCUAAUGUUUUAAAGUAGAGAAGUUCUCUGUACAAUUUCACAAAUAAUAUAUAGCCCAAAAGCAUUCUGCUUAAAGCACAGAAAUAUGACAUGAAUUAACUUGAAGAUUAAUAUUUUUCCUCACUGGGUCUUGUCAACAAAUGUCUAACCUUAUUUUGCAAAAAUAGCCCAUUAUAGCAUUGAUGAAUUUUUGUUACAUUUUUGGAAAGUAAAAUUGGAUCAAGAACAUCAGUUAUUGACUUAAAAACCAAGCUUUGAGUGUGACCUCCAGCCAGAGGCUUUACCUUUGUGUAUGUCAUUUGAAUGUGGUAGGUUGGACCAAACUGGUGGGUGAAUCAAACUCUAACUCUCUUGUUUCCUGCAUGUGUGCGUGCAUGUGUUUCGCCAACUUUUUUUUUAACAUCGAGUUUAUACGCCUUUGAUGAAGCCUGCAUUCUACAGUUUUACCACACUUGGCACCAUGAUCUAUUGUCAUAUACAGGAUUAACUUUUCCAUAACCUGUCUGGAAGGCAUCUGAGUCUGUGACUGUUGGAUUAAAUGGUCCUAUUUUAUAGGGUCGCUAUUUAUGAGUCAGGAUCGACUUGAUGGCAGUGGGUUACUAUCCAUUCCAACUCCCAAAACUGUAAUAAAUAGGCACUUGCUGAAUCCACCAGGGGUCAGCACACCAAGCAUUAUCACCUUAAUAUCAAGGUGUAUGGAACCAAGAAAAAAAUUUAGAAAGCAUAGGAAAGCCAAAGACCUUUUGAAAUUUGCAUAUACAUAAACUCAGUAUUUAUGGAACCUUAGAAAUCAGACAACCCUCUGUAAAAAUCUUCCUUUUGAACUUUUUGAGUGGUCAGUAUGUAAUGGAACAUCUGAUUUGUUUCUGGAAGCCCAGUAGUGAAAGGCCAGUCAUAUGUGAUCUUACUUCCCUUUCUCUUCAGGUGUGGGGCAGCUUGUUUCUUUUAAAGGCAAGGGGGGGAUAUUCUCCAGAUCUAGGCACAGGUCUCGGGAGAAGCAUUGUCAGGGGAUUCUGGAACUUGCUGAGAGAUAGAAUCAGAAACUCCUGAAGUCUCUUCCAACUCCUAAGAAUCCACAAUUCUCUCUAAGUUCAUGCCUUUGGAUCCUCCCAUUCCCCGGCUUUUCUUCAAAAUGUAUCAGCAUUUUAAUAAAAAGACAGCUGGUGGUCCUCCCUUUACCACAUAAUGCCACUCUAAUGGUUAAGUGCCCUGCUAGUAACUGAAAAGUUAGGUGUUUUAAUUCACUCAGAUGUGUCUCGGAGGAAAGGCCUGGUGAUGUACAUUCGAAAGAUCACAGACAUUGAAAACCCUAAGGAGCACAGUUCUACUCUGUCACCAUGAGUCGGAUUUGACUUGAGGGUAGCUGGUUUGAUUUGGUUUUGGUCAUUCUAAGAAAAUAACACCUGCUGAACCCCUGGCAUGGCUUUUAUAUGCUGAAGAUACACAAGACUUGUCCUCAUGAAACAUGUGACCCAGAAAGUUAGCUGUCUCCAACUGGGUGGGCAUAUGACUUGAGAUCAUCUCAUAGAAAUGAGUCUCUGGACCAAACCAGGUUCUGACUGAGACCCAUCUCCUCCUGGGAAGAAGACCAGGGUGAGGGAGAGAAUAGCCAAAGGGUGAGAAGACAUCUCUGGGUCUAACUUGGAGGACAGCAAAUGGAAGGAAGGGCUGAAAACCUGGACUUUUAAGAUUGACUUUUUUUUUUUUUUAAUUUUAUUUUUCUUAAAUAGUUAAACUUUGGUUUCCUGGUAUACUUGUCCUUUUGGAAAACGCUGGUCUGCCUCAACCGUGAAGGGAGAACAAUGAGAAUGCUGAAGUCAGCCCUAUGCUGGGUAUAAACAGUAGCAGGAGCCUGGGAUAUGGUGGGAUGACUGGAACAGACCCAAAUGAUGAGGAGGGAGAGAGAGAGGAAAGAGAAGAGAGCAGCCUAACAGGAAUACAUUUGCACACUUGGGCUUAGAGUUUAUGCUGUGUCUUCAACCCUUUGAUGGCCCAAUUCUCUGCUUUGAAUUUUUUGAUACCAUGUGUUUGGAAACCCUAGUGGCACGGUGGUUAAGAGCUACAGCUGCUAACCAAUAAAGUUGGCAGUUCGAAUCCACCAAGCACUCCUUGGAAGCAUUUUAGGAUCACUAUGAGUCAGAAUUGACUCCACAGCAAGGGUGUGGUUUUUUAGUUUGAGUUACUAAACCAAAAAAACCAAACCCAGUGCCAUUGAGUCGGUUCCGACUCAUAGUGACCUUAUAGGACAGAGUGGAACUGCCCCAUAGAGCCAAGGAGCACCUGGCAGAUUCAAACUGCCGACCCUUUGAUUAGCAGCUGUAGCGCUUCACCACUACACCACAAGGGUUUCCGUUAAUGGAGGCAUGCUGAAUCAUUGAGUGUGUCUGAAUUUUGGGUAGGUAGCGUGGAUUUCUGUUUUCUUGCCCCCUCUCACAAGCCUACCCUGAAUGUUUAGUCGUUCAUAAGAAGUACCACUAAUUAUACCCCAGAGUCUCAACUGGGGUCUAUUGGUACAUAUGUGUAAUAAAUAAAAACUUUCAAAAUUUCUAUUUUUCCUACCCAAAAUUCAGACACCUCACACCAAACCCAAACCCAUUGCUGUUGAGUCGAUUCCUACUCACAGCGACCGUAUAGCACUAAUACCCUGUAAAAACAGUAAUUUUUGGCACAUGCCUGUUUCUUCAGACAGUCAGAAAGGCCCCUUGCUUUGCAGCAUGUGCUGUCAGUGGUACAGAAACCAAAAGAAAAAAAAAAAAAAAAACAGUGCCG